AAAGACACUUGGAAUAUCAGCAUUAGGGGUUGUUUCUGUACAUUCAAGCUGCUUUUUUUUUAAUAUCAGGAGUGUGCAAUUGGAUUUUUCCGCUGCCUCGGUCACUAAAAAGCAGCUUGAUUCUGCUGGCGUUCUCCAUGGUGAUGGACGUAGCAACCAGCUCAGCAUCUCUGCGCUACGCUUGCAUUCUGGGCUAGUGCUUUUCAACUCUCAGCUCGACGGGGGGUCGGCUUCAUCCUGGUCAUUGACCGCCGGCAAGACAGAUGGGCAUCAGUGAAGGGGACACUGCUGCGGAUCGCGGGCGCUUUCCCAGGCAACCUGCAGCUGGUGCUGGUACUGAGACCCACAACACUCUUCCAGCGGACUCUCUCAGACAUCUUAUUUAAGUUUAACAAGGAUGAGUUUAAAAUGAAGGUGCCGGUGAUCAUGCUCAGCUCUGUGACUGAGCUCCACAGUUACAUCGACCGCACACAGCUCACGCAGGAACUGGGCGGCACGCAGGAGUACUGCCACGAGAAAUGGAUUUCACACCGCACCGCCAUUGAAGGUUUUGCUCUGAUGGUGAAGAAAACAGCACAGACUCUCCAGUCUUUCGGGACAGAGCUGGCAGAGACAGAACUGCCCAAUGAUGUCGAGGCCACGUCCAACCUUCUAACCAUCCACACAGAGAAAAAGGACAAGAUGAAGGAUGACUUGAGGAUCGCUCUCUGUCAGGGAGGACGUUUGCUGGAGAGCAUCAAUGAGCCGCUGGUGAAAGAUCCAGAUUACACCAUGAACCAGGAUGAACUGGAGAACCUGGCUACCGUUCAGAGGUUGCUUGGUCAAUUAGAUGAGACUGAAACGGCAUUUGAUGAUUUUUGGGACAAACAUCAGACCAAGCUAGAGCAAUGUCUGCAACUGCGGCAUUUUGAGCAGGACUACAGGGAGGUUAGAGGUCAUUUAGACCUGGUGUAUGAAAGACUAUCAGGCUUCUCGGAAGUAGGAAUAAGCCCCGCCCACGCUGAACAUAUCCUGAAAGAGCUGACCAAUCAUGAAGAAAGAGCUUGCGAGGUGUUGGACCGGGCUCUGUCUCUAGCGUGCGAUGCAGAUCUGCUGAUCGAAGCGUCUCAUUAUGCUGUGGAUUCCAUCCUGCCCAAAUGCUCUGAGCUGCGGGUUGUGUGUGAGGAGAUCAGCGGUGUCCUGAACGACAAGAAAGCUCAUCUGCACAAAGCCAUGGAGCUACACCAGUCUCUAGAGAAGGCCUCUAAAUGGUGUGAUGAUGGGAUCUACCUGCUGGCGUCUCAGCCUGUGGAUAAGUGUCAAUCACAGGAUGGGGCGGAGUCAGCGCUGCAGGAGAUUGAGCGUUACCUGGAUACAGCCAAUCAGCACAAGCUGACAGAUUUGAGUGCAAUUUGGAGGGACUAUGAGUCAGUGCUCACUCAAGACUUCAGGGAUCAGGUGGACAAAGUGUUUCAGAAGCAGCUGUCCAUGCAGGAAAUGUUCGAGAAGAGGAGGGUCAGUCUUAAGAAGUUAGCAGCCAAACAGACACGACCCGUGCAGCCCGUCGCCCCACGUCCUGAGGCCAUCAUCAAAUCACCCAUCUUGUCUCCAGCGCAUAGGGAGAAGACUAUAGAGGGUGAUAUCAUCAAUGGAAACUGCAGAAAAGGAGAGAUGCACUUACAGAAUGACGGCAGCAGACACCCAUCUGUCUCUGAUGAAGAGGAGAACUUUGCUGUGCUUAGACGGCAUGUGAUGAACGAGCUGUUGGAGACGGAGAGAGCGUAUGUGGAGGAGCUGCUGUGUGUGCUGGAGGGUUAUGCAGCAGAAAUGGACAAUCCAGCCAUGGCUCAUCUCAUCCCCAACACGCUGCUUCACAAGAAGGACAUCCUCUUUGGCAACAUGCCUGAGAUAUACCAGUUCCACAAGAAGACUUUUCUUCGUGAACUGGAGACGUACACAGACUAUCCUGAGCUUGUGGGCCGGUGUUUUUUGGAGAGAAUGAUGGAUCUGCAGAUAUAUGAGAAGUACUGUCAGAACAAGCCUCGCUCCGAGUCUCUGUGGAGACAGUGCUCUGACUGCGCUUUCUUCCAGGAGUGUCAAAAGAAACUAGAGCAUAAGCUUGGUUUGGACUCGUACCUGCUCAAGCCUGUGCAGAGAAUAACCAAAUACCAGCUUUUACUCAAGGAACUGUUGAAGUACAGUAAAGGCUGUGACGGUGAGGAAGACCUACAGGAGGCGCUCUCAUCUAUUCUAGGCAUCCUAAAAGCUGUGAAUGACUCCAUGCACCUUAUCGCCAUCACUGGAUAUGAAGGCAACCUCAGCGAUCUGGGCCGCUUGAUGAUGCAGGGGUCGUUCAGCGUGUGGUUGGAGCAUAAGAAGGGUCACGCGAAAGUGAAAGACCUGGCACGCUUCAAGCCCAUGCAGAGACACCUCUUCCUGCACGAGAAAUAUCUGCUCUUCUGUAAGAAACGAGAGGAGAACGGAGAAGGUUAUGAGAAAGCCCCGUCAUACAGCUUUAAACACUCACUCAACAUGAGUGCUGUAGGCAUUACUGAGAAUGCAAAAGGGGACAACAAAAAGUUUGAGAUCUGGUGUAAUUCUCGAGAGGAGGUGUAUAUCGUACAGGCGGCGACACCAGAAAUCAAAACGGCAUGGGUGAAUGAGAUCCGGAAGGUUCUAACGGGGCAACUAAAGGCUUGCAGAGAGGCGAGGCAGCAGAAGAGCUCAGAUCAGUUAACUCCCACCAGCAGCGGUCUAACCCUGAGCCCCUUCAAGACCAACCCAAAGAGCCUCAAGAAGGGAGAAGAGAAGAAAACUGAGCCCACAGCAGCAGAUCCCAGUAAUCCUGCCUUACUCAAAAAUAACGACAAGGUCAAAGACGAGACUGUCACCAGUCCCAACUCUGAGAGAGCUGCAGUGGCUAAAAAACGCUUUACACUGCAGGGCUUCAGUAACCUCAAGAGCCAAAAAGAGUUUAUAGCAGCCUCUGGUGGCAAAAGCCUCACACUUCCAAUGGUCAUCACUCUCUGCCCUCCAGACGCAGGUCCACACAUCUCUCUUACCCGAGUGAGAUGGAUGAGCACUUCUAGUCUGUUGCAGACUAAAAGGAGAGGCUUCACCAAGGCGUCGCUGUCCAUGGAUGCGUCUGAGGAGAACGACGGUUACUCGAGCGCCGAGGACCCCAUGAACUCUGAUCCUGAGGAUGAGGGAGGGAAGAAGCUGUCUCCCGGCAGGUACGUGGUAGUAGCUGACCACGAGAAAAGCGGCCCACAGGAGCUGACGGUUAAGAGCGGGGACACGGUGGAGCUGGUGAGAGAGGGAGACGACGGACGCUGGUUUGUACGUAAUCUGCGGACCAAUAAGGAAGGCUGGGUCCCUGCUGCAAACUUGCUCACUCUCAUCAGAGAAUCCAAAUCUUCUCAAUCUCUCUCCAGCUCAGAAGGCAGUGGGUCUGGAAACCUCAGCACGUCGUCCAGCUGCAGCGAAACCUACACGAGCUUCUCUGACAUCAAAACCUGAAGCGCAUGCUCCAGCGUCUUGUGGCAGCUCCUACACAGUGCACUUUCUACUGAAGCUCCUCGAGCCUUUGUACUGUAUUUAACCUCCUCAACCGAGAAAGGAAUCGACCUCUGCGGUCAAUAUACGCCAUUCAGGAUAUUUUAUAGAGAGCGUCACCCUUUCUCAACCGUCUCUCCUUCAUAAGAGAGAGAAAAAAUGUCUGCUGUUCCCAUUCACAUUCUCAUUAACUUUGAAAAUAUCGUGUGAUGCUGUUCGUUUCGCAUCUGCAUGCAUUUCCUCAAAGAGUAAAAG